UUUCUGUAGCGCAAGGAGACAGGCACGAGAAAUCAUACUCUAUUUGGUUUAAAUAUAGCCCACUUAAUUUGACAUCACUCCAUCUCCCAUGAAACCAGUUCAAGUGCAGCUUCAUAAAAGCUUUGAGUAUGACAACUGAUCGUCAUCAAAAGAAACUGAGUGGGGCGCUUUGUCUCGUUUGAGAGUUUUUUUUUUUUUUUUUUUGGGGGGGGGGGAACUUAUUUCCAGUUACAGAUCAAGUCGUAUUAUUCUGGCCAAGAGUAAGACACGUAAAUGGAGGAUCAAGUCGAGGAUCCUGCAUGAAACUUAAAUGCACGGCGUUUAUAUGGUGAGAUAAAGUGUCUCUGUCUAUUGAUGAGGUUCAACUUCAACAGGGAUGACACGCAGCCUUGCACGUACUCGCUGAGUCACGCCCACUGUGACGGGUGAUUUGAACCCUAUCUGAUAUUGGACGAGAGGCGGGGUGCAGAAGAUGUUGAGCCCAGCACCCUCCAUUACCACAAAGCUUUAUCCCCCUUCCUCCUAUUGCCAAGUGAACAGGUCACCGGUUUCCUGACAGCAUGGAGAGAGGAUGGUUCAUUGGACAAGAGAAGAUUUUGCCCACAACAACUGAUCAGGGGACGCAUUUUUAUAGCUCCUGUAAAUUAUUUUCAAAGCCAUGUGCGACCAUCAAAUUAAAUGACAUGCUACGGCAAUUGAAAAGUGAUAUAGAGAAGAGGCCUAUUCCCAUCCGCCCACCAGGUCCCAAAGUGUCAGCGACGAGCACUCGGAAUUUCCACAAUCCCUCGUGUGAACCCAUACCAAAAUCUAUCAUCCGACAACGCUCGCAGUCUCUACCUCCUACUACUGAAAAGAGGAGGAAGUGCAGACAUGUUGGUGUAAGAUUUAUUGAUUCCCUUGGCCUUGACCUGGAGGAUGUCAAACUUUUUAAAUCUGGAGAUGAACCAUCCAUACCGCAUCAUGUCAGCUUUAGAUUGCUGAUGGCUGCAGAGUUAGCAGAUGGAAACCAUUUGGAAAUAUCCUUGCCUUACUUAAAACCACUUUUUGACCAAGUAACUGGCGAUCAUCCAGGAUUUUUACAUCGACUCAAUAAGCACAAAGUGUGUCUUGAGAGAGUCCUGUGUUUUGAAUUUGGUGUUAUAGGAAUCGCUCAGGUGGUCAAUCUAGAUUUUGAGAAAGAUGUAACGGCUCGUUACUCAUUUACGGAGUGGAAGACCUGUGCAGACACUAAGGCCUCAUGGGUCUCAACCAGCUCUAAGAUCUGUGAAGGAGGUGGUCAAUUCACUUGUGACAUGUUCCGUUUCCAUCUUCCUGUCCCUCCAUUCCUGCAGCCUGGGGCAGUCUUAGAAUUUGCCAUCAAGUACAAAGUUUGUGGAGGUGAAUACUGGGACAAUAAUGAAGGGGAAAACUACAAGUUAGUUUGCCAUAACUACAAGCACAGUGUUCCCAAAGAAUGUGGAGAUAGCAUGAUUCACUUUUUUUAGGAUGCUGAUUAAAAACAUUAAAAGAAAAGAUUAAGAGCACACCUAUUGAAAAUGGGAUAAAUGGGAAGAUACACUCAUGCGAAAUUAACACUGAUGUAAAUGCAUUUAUAUCUGUCUGCAGCUUUGGGUUUAACUUUCAUGUCUUUCAUAUUGCUAUAUUAUAUUUGGACAAGAAACCACACUUGUGUUUUGACUUGCAUUUCAAACAAGGCUCACAAAAUGUCCUCUAAUGUCUUGUAAAUUACUCAAGCACUUUUUCCCAGAUGUGUAUUUCACUUAUUAAAAAAAAUAUAUGUAUAGAAUAGAAUAGAAUAGCGUAUGAGCCACAAAUCUUUGCAAAGCCUUGUGUGUGCGCGUGUGCGUGUGCGUGUGUGUGUGGGGAGGGGGCACUCUGGUAUAUCUUUUGCCAUGUGUUACGAUAAAAAUCAUUUGUAUUAUUUGUGGAAUAAAGAUGUCUAUCUAUUUUUUUUAG